AUGGAGAACAGACUGCAGCAAGAUGGACCAGCACAACACCAAUUUGUUCGUACUAUGAAGGGUGCGGUUGUACACUUCCGACCUGGUGUGACAGUGAGCAACAUCUCACUCAUCUCUGACCGCACACCGUUGAGCGCGCUGCCGAGUGUCACUACGUGGACCCAAAAGCGCCACAUCAAGCUCACAGAAGAGGGUUUCAGGUGGACGAUGUGCGGCGGAUUCAAUACACUCAUCUGGACUGCCUUCCCUGAACGUGUGUUACUUGACGAGGCCAAGAAGGAGCUCGUUGUCCUAAGCUGUAAGGAUACAUACCAGAGGGUCCUGCGCGCGUUGAGCGGAUCCUUCUCAUUUGGUGAAUUGAUUCACCCACAGCACGGGCUCUGCAACAUCUGCUAUACUGAUGCGGACGACCCUGUCAUUACCGAGUGUGGUCAUAUGUACUGUCGACAAUGUCUGGAGAACAUGUGCAACGUCAAAAAUUCGACUCUCGAAUUCAAGAUCGUAUGCAAAGGCCACUUCGAUCAUUGUCGCACACCACUAUCGAUCUCCACGAUUCAGGAGUUACUCCCUCCGGAUGCUUUCGAGCGCGUGUUGGAAAGUUCACUCGACGUGUACAUCCGAAGACAUCCCAGAGAAUACCGCUGCUGUCCCACACCCAACUGUGGCCACAUCUAUCGCCCCAGCCCUGUCGACCAUGCCGCUGUGCAUUCUGCUUACAAAGACUGCAAGAACUGCAACAGGAGAAUAUGCACAGCAUGCAAAACUGUGCACUGGCCCAAGACAUGCAGCCAACACCGUGAGGACGAGCAGUCCCAGCAAUGGCGACAGGAGAACUCAGAUCGCAUCAAAGAUUGUCCAAGUUGUGGCAACGCGCUCGAAAAGAAUGGUGGCUGCGAUCACAUGGUGUGUCAUUGCGGCGCCCAUAUCUGCUGGUCCUGUCGGGCAAUCUACACACAAGAGGAACAGAUCUAUGGACAUGAAUGUCCGAAUGCUGGGCAUACGUAUUAUCACGAUUACGAUUACGAUCCCUUCAAUGGAUACGACCAUGAAGCAAACAUGUUCGCACCCAUCCCUCCGCCUCCUCCCGAUCCUCAUCCUCAUCGUGUUGGGCUUAUAAGACGGAUGGGUGCACAAGUUCGGGACAUGGUCGAAGCACUUCGUCUGAAUGGAAGACCUCACCGCUAA